AUGGCUGUUUACCUGCAUCUCCUUCUUGUGGCUGUGCUCCUCCAGCCUGCUCUCUCUGUUUACAACUGCUCCUCACUUUACGAAAGGAUUCCAGACAACACAGACCUGAUAGUUGAGUGCGGCACCAGUGUGAUCACUCUGGAGGUCAACCUAUGCACAGCGCAGUGGGCAGGCUUCGACCCCACCGGCCUGGCACUGAAUGGGGAGCACAAUAAGACCGAGUGCCAAGGCUCCAUCGACACCAGCGUGGACCCUCCCAUCAUCCGCUACCAGCUUCCUGUGAACCACAGUCAGGAAAACCCCUGCCGCCAGUCCCUGCAGAUUGUGGAUGAGGUCCCAGACCCCUCGGGGCCCUUCAGCUCCUUCUCCACCAUUCAGUCAGUGAUCAUCACAGGGUACAUUGAUACACCAAGCUCCGACCAGGGGAUAAUCAGCUACUCCACAGACCUGUACUAUCACUUCUCCUGCCGCUACCCUUUGGAAUAUCUGAUCAAUAACACACAGAUAGUGGCAUCCUCAGUCUCUGUGGCAACCAGUGACAAUAAUGGCACCUUCAUUGAUACUCUGAAAAUGAGUGUAUAUAAUGACACUAACUAUAACUAUCCAUUAAUGGUACCAUCAACUGGACUUCAACUGCGAACUAAGAUCUAUGUUGAGGUCAAGGCCAUUAACCUCACAGGGAAUUUCCAUCUGCUGCUAGAUCACUGCUUUGCAACUCCCAGUUCGUACAACUUGACAAACAAUGAGCAGCACAACUUCUUCACAGGCUGUUCAGUGGACCAGCGGACAUCUGUGAUCAGCAAUGGCCUCUCCACGAAUGCAAGGUUUAACUUUGAGGCCUUCCGCUUUGUGGAGCACCGAGACCAGGACAAGUCCAGCAUCUAUCUGCACUGCAUACUCAGACUGUGUGAGCCCACCAAGUGUCAGGAGCUGCUGGAUGGGUGUACAAGUAGCAGAAGGAAAAGAUCCUCAACUCCCUUUGGACAGGAAUCCAGUGACUCUGCCGUCGUCUCAGUAGGACCAAUUUACACUACCAGCAAAGACAGUGCCUCUGCAGCGGCCUACGGUAGUGAAAAGCCAUCAGGAGAGGCGGAUGUGAAUGUGACGGGGCUCGUGGUGGGGGUGGUGUUUGGAUUAGUUGGUGUCGUCCUGUUGGUUCUGGGUGGCUGGUUUGUCCUUAAGAAGCUCAGCUGGGCGGGGCUACCUCACAUGCUUGACUGA